AUGUACCCUCACAAUAUUCAAUAAAAUUACUUAUAGGCACAUGUUUAAGCUAACCUUAUUGGAGAUCACAAUGAUGGCUUUUAGAAUAGUCGUAAGACUAAUUUGAUUCAAACUCUUGCUGCUUAAACUCUUGGAAAUGAAUACAAAGCUACAUAUGAUUUUACCAGUGGAUUCCUCUAUGGAAGCUCAUACUCUGAAAAUAAAGAAUGUGUUGAAAAUCUCAAUGACAUUACCUACUAUGGUCUCUUGCUCCUACAAGGAGCUCAGAACCUCAACUUUUAGAAUUCUAUGAAUAUUCCUAUCAAUUCGAACAAAUUUACUGAGGCUACUGGCAUAUUUAACAGGUAAGAUAAAUUGAAUUACAAAAAUACAGCGUCUGCGAUGUCAACCACAUGA